CCCACAGAAAACCGGUCCCCAUCAGGUGCAGCUUUCAUGGCUUCCCAGUGCCAGAGGCGGCUGUGGAGAGAAACCCGGGAAGCGUGGGGAGGGGUGGGGCAGCACCCUGGCUGUACCCACGGGAUUGGCCAACCUGCACCCUCUCAGCCAGCACCUGACUAGAAGUUGCUCAAAGAGACAAUGACCUCAGCCACCACCCUGAGCUCUGCCCAUCUCAGCCAUGAGGUGGGCACCCAGUGUGCGGAGUGGGCCGCAGGGACCAUCCUUGAGGCAGUGGUGAGGUGGGAGGAGGCCACCGGGCCCCGAGGGGGCUACAAUGGACAAGUUCCGGAUGAUCUUCCAGUUCCUGCAGUCCAACCAGGAGUCCUUCAUGAAUGGCAUCUGCGGCAUCAUGGCGCUGGCCAGCGCCCAGAUGUACUCCGCCUUCGACUUCAACUGCCCCUGCCUGCCGGGCUACAAUGCUGCCUACAGUGCUGGCAUCCUGCUGGCACCACCGCUGGUGCUCUUUCUGCUCGGCCUGGUCAUGAACAACAACGUGUCCAUGCUGGCCGAGGAGUGGAAGCGGCCCCCGGGCCGCCGGGCCAAGGACCCCGCCGUGCUGCGCUACAUGUUCUGCUCCAUGGCCCAGCGCGCCCUCAUUGCGCCCGUCGUCUGGGUGGCUGUCACACUGCUCGAUGGCAAGUGCUUCCUUUGUGCCUUCUGCACUGCCGUGCCGGUGACUGUGCUGGGCAACGGCAGCCUGGCGCCCGGCCUGCCUCCGCCUGAGCUCGCCCGCCUGCUUGCCCGGGUGCCCUGCCCCGAGAUCUACGACGGUGACUGGCUGCUGGCCCGCGAGGUGGCCGUGCGCUACCUGCGCUGCAUCUCCCAGGCCCUGGGCUGGUCCUUCGUGCUGCUGACCACACUGCUUGCAUUCAUCGUGCGCUCUGUGCGGCCCUGCUUCACGCAGGCCGCCUUCCUCAAAAGCAAGUACUGGUCCCACUAUAUCGACAUCGAGCGCAAGCUCUUUGAUGAGACAUGCACAGAGCAUGCCAAAGCCUUCGCCAAGGUCUGUAUCCAGCAGUUCUUUGAGGCCAUGAACCAUGACCUGGAGCUGGGUCAUGCCCACGGGGCCCUGGCCACAUCCCCUGCUAGCUCGGCUGCCCCGGCUACCGCCAACAGUGCUGAGGAGGAGAAGGAGAAGCUGCGUGGCAUCACCGAUCAAGGCACCAUGAACAAGCUGCUCACGAGCUGGCACAAGUGCAAGCCGCCUCUGCGUCUGGGCCAGGAGGAGCUGCUGAUGGGCAACGGCUGGGCUGCAGGGGGACCUCGGCCUCCACGCAAGGAGGUGGCCACCUACUUCAGCAAAGUGUGAGCCGUGGCCAGGUGAAGAGGCGGGAAUGGGGGUCUGAGCCCACAGACCCUCAGACCCCCAAACCAGAUGGAAAAAUGAAGGCUGCAGGUGCUGGGCAGUAGGCCCCUGUGGGAGCAGA